AUGGGUACACUCGUGCUUCCGCCGUUUGUGGCUGCCGCCAUCGUCGAGCACGCCAAGCGCCGCCACAACUCCGCCGGGUACCUCGUAGGGAGCCGCAGCGGCAACCAGAUCACCGUCACGGACUACAUCCCCUGCACCCACGAGUCCACGAACGACGUCCGCACGCGGGCGUACCUGGAGGAGCUUAAGGAGCGCGUCGCGCUGAAGAAGUGCUACACGCCGAGCAUCACGCUGGUCGGCUGGUACGCGGCGGCCACGCCGGAGCCGGAGAAGGAGCGAGAGUUCGAGCUCUGGUGCCAGGCGCCAGGCGCACGCUUCACCAAGAACCAGGCCGUCAUGCUGCUUGUGCGCAUGCCGACCGCCGCCGACGUCAGUAUUCGCUGGGAGGCGUACAUCACGAGCAACCUUAGGAAGGGGGACGCCGCCCAGUGUGAGCGGACGCAGCAGCUAGCCGUCGCCAUGGAGGCGGAAACGCAGUCGAUGAACGUGCUGCUGUCCGAGAUGGUCUCCAAGGCGCUCUGCGGCGGCGCCGUGCCGUACCCCACGGACCGCAUCACGAACCUCGACUACGUCGCGGCGGACGCAGCCGCCAGAGAGGGGGACUUUGGCAGAAAAGACGGCAUUCGAAAGGACGCCGAGUCGCGGCCGGUGGAGGCGGCCCUGCUCGCCGUGCAGAACAAACUUCACCAGGCCAUCUCGCACGCCCGCGCCAUCCUCGCCUCGGGGCACAAGCACAGCAGUGAGGGCGCCGCCAUCGCGGAGAACUACGAGACCAUUCUGGCUGAAAAGAAGGAGCAGAGUAGCCGCGACGACUUUAUCACGGAGAGCUACAAGGAUGCGCUGAUGAUGAAAUACACCGCCGCCUUGCUUCGCCGCCACGUGACGGAGAUUGAGCGCCACGGACGUCAGGACAUAAAAGAGAAGAUGUACUACGGCCACGGUCAGAGCGGCGCGGCCAGUCCGCAUAGCACACGUAGAACCGCUGCUUUUCGCUAA